CCAGAAUGAACUGGUUUGGGAGACAAAAGCGGGGGGCUAGGGGAGGUGCAUGAGUAAGAGACAUAGGAGACUACAGAGAGACAGAACUUUCCCCUGAGUCUUUCUACAACUGCCUGGUACACAAGAUGAAGGCUGCGCUGCUGCUGCUGCUGUUAGUCACUCUCAUCGCAGUCAAAACUGUAGCUGGAGGGAAAAACAAGAAAGAGAAAAACAAACCCUCCGAGUCCGGGUCAGAAUGCACUGACUGGCGCUAUGGCAACUGUGUCCCUAGCAACGGGGAUUGUGGAGCAGGGUUUAGAGAGGGGUCAUGUGACCAGCAGAACAAGAAGAUGAAAUGUAGAGUACCUUGCAACUGGAAAAAGGACUUUGGAGCUGACUGUAAGUAUCGGUUUGGUACCUGGGCAGAGUGUGAUGCAACCUCUGGCUCGCGCAACAGAACAGGGACACUGAAGAGGGCUCUGUAUAACGCCGAGUGCCAACAGACGAUUUCUGUCUCCAAGCCAUGCGCUGGAAAAACAACCAAGACGAAAACCAAAGGCAAGAAGAGAAAAGGCAAGGGCAACUAGAAACAGGCUGCCGAGAAGAGUCCUCAGAGUCAAGGAACCAAUAGGAGUAAAAACAGCUGUCCUCUGACAGUUGAACAGCAGCCCCAACACUUAUAGAAUUAUAGACUGAUUUCCAUACACACAAUUUUAAAUCCAGGCUUUCUCAACCGUGACAAAAACAUGUUUUUUGGUUUUCAAAAGAGUAGUCUGUAAAUAUGCACUCAAUCUCUAGUUUAGGACAAAGUAUAACCAGCCAACACAGCUGCUGCCUCCAAAUCAAAGUGCAUUUGGAAUAUUCCUAUUAUACAUUUUUUAGACCAUAAUGUUAGAAAUUCUUUUAACGUUGAAAUACUGUCAAAAAGUUCUCUGUCAAGGCUUUCAUAGAUCAAAUGCAUUAAUUAAACCACAGCUACACUGGGAAAGGGACUCAUUUUAACUCCCAAGUUGUCAUCGUUGGGUCUGAAUCAUUUUGUAAAUCUCGGAUGUGUCAGUAGCGUCCACACACAAACUGUGUUUCAUUGUUUCAGCUAAUUCUGUCGCAAUAAACGCAGCCAAGAAUCCACCCUUUUCAAUAAAGUCCAACCCCCAGAGUUAUUUGUAGAUGAAAGUGCAUUUGGAAUAUCAGCUUUAUAAAUUUGCCUUAGGAUGCAGAAGCCCCCUGUUACACAUUUCUUUCGCUUUGAAUAUUAUAUAAAAGAAGAAAAGAAAAGAAAAAGAUUUUCUGUAAGGCUUCCCCUUAUUUACCUUUUUGCUUCCCUCCUGUAGUUUGCUCUUACAGUAUUAUUUCCAUUUUUCUUUUGUUUAUUAAAGUUUCAAAACAUA